AUCCCGUAAACCCUGCCCGAACAGUAAAGGAAGAAGAAGAGCACACCGGAUAUGAGUUUGAACGAUUGCGCUAUGGAAGGUAGUGUGUCGGACUUGGAAGUGUGCAAUUUAGCAUUUACUGGCCAAUUUGACCAGCUAAAAAAAUGCAUUUUAGCUGAUAAAUCAUUGGCCUCCAAAACAGACCAGGUUCACAGAACUGCUCUGCAUUGGGCAUGUUCGGCCGGUCACAGUGACAUAGUAGAAUUUCUGCUGGACCUUGGAGUUGAGGUUAACCUUAAAGAUGAUGCACGCUGGAGGCCCAUACACAUUGCAGCUUCUGCUGGCAGAGAUGAUAUAGUCAAAGCCUUGAUUACCAAGGGGGCCAAACUUAAUUCUGUCAACCACAACGGCUGUACUCCUCUGCACUAUGCUGCUUCCAAAGACCGAUAUGAGAUAGCUCUAAUGUUGUUGGAAAAUGGAGCAGAUCCCAACAUUACAGAUAAAUUAGAGUCCACUCCUUUACACAGAGCUUCUGCAAAGGGUAACUACCGAUUGAUUCAACUUCUCCUGAGCCAGAGUGCUUCCACUAACAUCCAGGAUUCAGAAGGAAACACUGCCCUUCACCUGGCGUGUGAUGAAGAGCGUGUGGAGGCAGCAAAGCUUCUAGUGGAGCAUGGUGCCAGCAUCUACAUAGAGAACAAAGAGAAGAAGACACCCCUACAGAUUGCUAAAGCGGGCCUUGGGUCUUUAUUGAGGAGAAUAGUAGAAGGCUGAACUGUACGUUGUAUGAAGAAUAUGGCUGGAGUACUGUAACAAACAUAGCAGUAAUGGCUUCAUGAAGGCUUAGCUAGUAUGUUUUGUAAUGUAGUUCUACAGAAAUUCUCCUUCGGAAUUGUUGUGAAUGUUUGAAUGUUCAGUUUAAAUGGGAUGAAAAGGAAUGGAAAUUUUCAUUCUUUCAAGAAAUGUCUUUUGACCAUUUUCCACAGUAUUUUGUUUUUGUGUAUCAAAAUGGCUUCUGAAGAGUGGUGUCAAAAUGAAUGGAAUAUUAGUGUAAGGUUCUGCUUUAAAAUGCAGAUAAAUACAGAAAGUUAAAAUAUGAAACCCAUUUUUUGCAUGAAUUAAUUGAGGCUGUAGGUGCAGUUGUAACCAUAUCCAAAAUAAGAUUUCGAAUUCUUGUUUAAAACCAGAGAACAACAGUGGAUUGUGUUCCUCACACUGAGAUGACAUGCAAAUAAUAUGAAAGUUAGUACGUGACUGAUUAUCCUGCACGCUGUAUAUAUUGUAUAUAGUUGAAGGUUGCAGAACUAGAUUCGCCAAAAUCUAAACCCUUUAAUGUAUACCCGAUUAUGCAAAUACAGAUAGAUAUCCACACAAUCUUGUAACCAGUAAUUAUAACAAAAUGUGACUGCAGUAGUCAUAUUCUUUAUUAAUAAAUGUCACAUCAGUAAUGAUGCUGCAACAAGGCAUUUGCACAAAUUAAAAAUUAAAACUUGUUAAAAUAAAAAGGAAUAAAAAAAAUUUAAUCUCUAUGUCAGUGAUAUUGGCAAUGCACCACAGGCAGAACUGUCAAGGCAAAUGAUCAAACACAAAAGUAAAAAGUCAUUUUCCUACAUGGCAUUUAAGUAUUUACACUUGAUAGUUUAAGUACAAUUAUUGCCAAAAAUACAUUCAUUCAUGAAAUACAGGUGUAGUUUAGGUGUACGUUUUUCUGAAAGAAAAACUAAACUGGCUUCCUUGACCAAUGAAAAUGUUUAUCAGCUCAGAUGGAUUUUUGGAUGUAGUAACACUUUAAAGUGUGAAUUUAACAAAUCUACCCCUUCCCCAGAUAAGCACUUUAAAAGCUUGAGUUCUCCAUUUCCAUUGAGAAAUACUUUUGACAUGAUGGUCACUUCAGGGCUGGAACUACGGUUUGCCAAUGUCUGCAGUGACAUUUAUGUAUAGUUUUGGCUUUUCCAAAGAGAGCAUUUUGUAGGAGCAGGAAUUCAGCCCAUCCGUCUUCCAUACUUUUGGUGCCUGUCGCAGCAAGCGCAUCCUGGAAAUUCAGAAAUCCAAAAAUCAGCUUGAAAUGUGUCAAAGUAGAAAGUUGCACCACAUGCAUCAUCAUACAAUGACCUGUACACAAAUAUACCUAGACAAAAUACUGAAAGUACAAGACGUACUUGGCCCUCAUAAUACCACCUUGCCGAUUCCAUCGGAACUCUAGUACUUAGUGUGACAACGCAUUGGCCGGUUCAUACAGAUUAAUUACCAUGAUAGUAGUGCAAAAGCAACCUAUUGGCACAUUUUUAAAUGUUUAUUUAUUACAAUCAAACUCAGCUGUUUCACCCAUUAAAACUAACAACCAAACCAAAGUUUAUAUGCUUUCAUGGAUUAGCAUGUUGUUUUUAUAUUUUUGACCAGAACUGUUAAUAGUUCAUUGCAGUGGAGUGUACAUUGCCAGCAAGAACAGACUAUUGUGGGACAGACAUGUAUACACGUGAGUUUUUACAAGAGUAAAUAGGUCUACGUCGGCUCUUCAGCUUUUCUCAGUGGGCUGUCUAGGUCCCCCGGCUCUGUAAUUUGAACACGGUAUAUAUACUGCAUUGUACUUGCUCCAUUGACAGGGCACUUUGUAAUAACAUCCAAAAAUGGUGUAGAACAGGCCUUUUCAAUUAUUUCCUCUUAACUUAUGUUUUCCUUAACAUGAAACCUGUUUUAAUAUCACUUCACACCUCAAUUAGACUAUCAAAAUUAAUUUAAGGCUCCAAAUAAAAAUAUUGAAAUUACACUUUCAUUACGAGUAAUGAAAUGUCAUCACUUGCGAGUAAUGAAACCGUGUACACGAAAGCAACCAUUUGAAUAUUUUGAUUCAUCCCUAAUCCUGAACACAACAUACGUCAUACAUUUUGAAGACAAUUCAAAUACUAUACAAUUCAUUACCUGUCUUUGUUGAUUUCAUUGCCACUGUCUCUGUUAUGGAAGACCAUGGUGUAACGGGCCACGUCAGGGGGAGGUCGCAAAAUUUUCAUUUUUUGAAGCUCGACCCUAAUACGCAACAGAGCAAUUUCAAUGACAAUAGAUCAAUAUUUUGAUUAUAGCAUCAGCAGUAGCUAGCACAAGUAGUAUCUCUAAUUUCAGAAUGUCAAUUUUUUUUUUUUUAUGUGUGUCAGUUACAUGCUCAGUUUUCUACUCUGAAUGAUAAAAUACUUCAUUCCUGCCCCUGUAGUGUUGACUGAUGGCAUGCAUACAUUCAAUGAAGUUGAAAGGAAGUUCAAUAAUAAGUAUAACAGGAACAUCUCGAUUCCCAAAAUAGUUCAUAUUUUGUGGUCAAACUAUUAAACAACCAAAUUCUAACACUUUAGGAGGUUCUCACCGGACACGAAGAUCAUCAUCUUCUCCACCCCAUCCCCAGUAAGUGUUGGAAAAGCCAUUCACUUUUGAAAACUGCUCCUUUGUCAUGGCUGUUACUCCCCCGAAGUAGCCUUUGUAUCGCAACCUGGAAGAAUACAAAUUCAAUACAUAGUUAAUUCUGCUUUACCAGUACUCCAGUCUCUUCAUCAAGAAAGGAAGAAAAUAUAUUUUCCUGGUUAAGAAUACAAAAGCCAUUUCAAUUCUAUGUUGAAGAAUUAAAUGUAUUGCUGCACUUCUGUAUUUCUGUAAAAAAUUUAAAUGAACGGGUAAAUAUAAAUGUAAAUGAGAACUA